AUGGCCAUACAACAUAAACAUCAUCACUUUGUCCUCUUCCCUUUCCUUGCCCAAGGCCACCUUAUUCCCAUGGUAGACAUCUCAAGACUCCUCGCCAAACGCGGCCUAACCGUCACGAUCCUCACCACUCCCCGCAACCACUCCCGAGUCGAGCCCGUGAUCCAACGCGCCGCCGAUUCCGGCCUCGACAUUCGUGUCUCCCACAUCGAACUCCCGAGCUCCGAGGCCGGCCUCCCAAGCAAUUGCGACAACUUCGAAAUGCUAUCCUCGGUCGACGACAUACUCAAAUUUUUCCGCGCGACCGCCAAGUUAGAAGACCAAGUCGAGCAUUCGCUCCGAAACCUCAAACCCGACCCGACUUGCUUGCUCUCCGACUCGUGCUACCCAUGGACGACGGGCCUCGCCGCUCGAUUGCGGAUCUCGAGGCUCGUCUUUCACGGGAUGAGUUGUUUUUCUCUACUAUGCAUGCACAUGCUCGACGACCCCACGGUUUUCAAGGGCGUGUCUUCGGACACAGAGUAUUCCGUGCUGCCCGGACUGCCCGAUCGAGUCGAGCUCACGAAAGCGCAGCUUCGGGGCACGGCCGAGGAAGUCUCUCCCGAGUGGGAAGAAUUACGCCGGGAGGUUCUCGAGGCCGAUUCCAAAGGUUUCGGGAUUGUUUUCAACACUUUCGAGGAGCUCGAGGCAGAGUAUGUCAAGGGUUACGCCGAAGCAAAGGGGACGAAGGUGUGGUGUGUCGGGCCCGUCUCGUCGUGCAACGACAGUGAUUUCUUGGAUAAGGCCCAACGAGGGAAUCGACCCUCGAUCGACGAGCACGAGUGCUUGAGAUGGCUCGGUUCCCGAGAACAGGGGACGGUUGUCUAUGUCUGCCUCGGGAGUCUGUCGCGCCUGGCGGCACCGCAGCUCGUUGAGCUCGGGUUGGGGUUGGAGGGUUCGGCCCGGCCAUUCGUGUGGGUCGUGAGGAACGCGCCGGACGAGUUCGAAAAGUGGCUCGGGGACGAGAGGUUCGAGGAGAGGGUUGAGGGGAGGGGGUUUUUGAUCCGCGGGUGGGCCCCGCAGGUGUUGAUACUCGAGAACCCGUCGGUCGGGGGUUUCGUGACGCAUUGCGGGUGGAACUCGACGCUCGAGGGGGUGGUGGCGGGGGUGCCGAUGCUGACUUGGCCGGUUUUUGCGGAGCAGUUUUCGAACGAGAAGUUCGUUUUGAGCGUCGCGAAAACAGGGGUGAGGGUGGGAGUCGAGGUGCCGGUUGUUUUCGGAGAGGAAGAGAAGGUGGGAGUUCAGGUGAGGUCAGAGGGGAUUAAGGCGGGGAUCGAGGAGUUGAUGGAUGGAGGAGAGAGGGGGGCGGAGAGGAGAGAGAGAGCUCGGGAGCUCGGGAAAAUGGCGAAGAGGGCGACCGAGGAAGGGGGCUCGUCGUAUGUUAACGUGACGCGGCUUAUAGAAGACGUUGUCGGGCGGAAAAUCGAGUGUGGUGGUGAAUUUGGAAGUGAUGAGAAAAGGGUUUGA